UUCGCUGUGUUUCAGAUAAAUCGCGAAAAAAUUGAUAUUUGAAUCGUCGUUACGACCUGUGAAUUGUGUCGAAUUUUCCUCCGAUACCGAGCGGUGAAUACAUUUCAAAGUUCCGAGAAUCAUUUAACAUAGCAGAAUUUCGUGACCGAAUUUGAAGAUAUUCUUCAGUCAAUGGAUGCUAGAGAGAUGUCAAGGAGAAAUGCCUCUUCAUGGGCUGAUGAGGUGGAGGAAAUGGACAGGAUGGAAAAUUCUGCUAAAUCACCGGUGAAAUCCAAACACGUGAAACUUGAAGAAAAUCGAAUGAAAGGUUGUGUGAAAAGAGAAAUAAAAAUCGAACCAUCUGAAAAUGCUGAUGAAGAAGACCGAAAGCGAGAUAACACUCGAGUGCCAAGCGAUUUGAAAAAAGAAACCGAGAUUUCCGUUGGUAUAAAACUUGAGGAGGAGGAUAACCGGAAACCUGUGGAAAUAGUCGUCCGAAACACCAGGUCAUCCUCGCGGAAUAUAACCGUUGAGGACGGAGAUCGGAAGUUCCGUGGAAAUACAGGAAAAACUCGGGAAGAAAAUGGAUCUGGGUCUCGUACCCUUGAAGCUCGGAAGCGUCCCCACGAGCGAUCCAGGGGUGCAUUAAAAUCUACUCCCAGGAAAGCAAAGACUUUGUCAUCUGCUUCGUCGACUGACGAUAUUAGCAGCAAUUCGGACAUGCUCAGCCCGCGUCAGAAAGCGAGAAAGCUCCAGCCACGAUUCCGCUCGCGUAAUUUUUCUCAGAUCUCGAAUUAUAGCUCUUCGUCCCAAGAUUCGAGUGGCUCGAUGAGAAAUAAUCUGUGGAGCGUCAAUAAAAAUCCUGACGACUGCGAUCUUACUGCGGCUCGGACACGCUUUUAUCACACUGUAAUUCCGGAUGAUCCGGAAAACCGCGAGGAAGAUCCUGACGUCUUGGUCAGGAGACAAAAGCAAAUUGAUUACGGCAAAAAUACGAAGGCUUACGAAAGGUAUGUUUCGAAAGUCGACAAAGAUAUCCGAACUGCGGACAUGCCGUGGACGCCAAACAAGUAUCAAAAAACGUCUCGUCGAUCCUACGAUACCCAAAUCAAGCUCUGGAAAAUUGCCCUUCACGCAUGGGACCGUGAUACCGAAGACGAGAGUAUAAAGUGAACGCAACGACUACUUUUUGUUUAGUUUUAAAUGUUUUAUUUCCUCGUGAAAAGUACAAGCCAGGAAAAUUCGAUUUUUUCUGCGUGUUUAAAUACGUUUUUUAAAACUCGCUUUUGUAUGCCGAAGAAUAUCAAAUUCGAUUUUGGAAA